UUGUGUACUGCGCUUCUGUACCCAUGAGAUAGUAGCAAGCCUCGAGUAAGGACACCAACACGUGUUAGCGGUUUGGUGGCGAAUUUCUGCUUACUAUUACACAUUGUCUAUCACAUGUAAAUAAUCAAGUAGCCAAGAAGGAAUGAAGACUACACGUGUUCUUUUGUUGUGUUGGUCUUCUCGCUAACGUCAAGUUCAGUUUCCAGUAGGAGGAAAAUUAACACCAAUUCAAAAUAAUAGAGGUGUUUACAGAAACCAAAGAGAAUGACGGGCUAUUAGGAGGCCCUUUACGACUACUCCUAGUCAAACCUUCACUUGGCGGAACGGGUUCCAUGCCUUUAUCAACUUUACAACAAACCCGUGUUUUCACUUCGGUCUUUUCUUAAAAGAAGUUAAAAGCACUCGCUGAAUGCCCCUCGUAUGAAGUGGACUCCGUGACUAGGGACUCAGUGUGUGCCUUUUGACAGUCUCUUCCUCCUUAAGAUGCAACUGUAUCCUGCUUUCUGUAAGUACUAGACAGACGUCGGCAAAGGAGGAUGUUAAGAGGUAAUUACACUAUUUAAAAUCGGUUGUUACUUCUGUAUCUGGUUUGCUGCUCCCUAACGAAUUCCUUAUAAAAGACAUGGUCAAGACUGACUGAUUACAUGUAUAUUAGAAAUGAUACAUUUCUGAAAGUAUAUAUAUAGAGAGCAAGACUAUUAGUGUAGUGCAUGUUAGCAAGUUAAUCUUUUACUCUAAUCUGAUAGUAUAACUAGAAACUAACUUGAACUAACCAAACUUUCCUGUUACUUGAACACUAAUUAAACACAGUAAUCAUCGUUACAAUUAACUGGCACUCUGCAGGUGAUGUACUCAUUUACGGGUGACGUGAUUUACGAGAGCAACACACUCAGAAUUUAUAAAUCACCUCAAGUAAAAACAUGUAAAAAGGAUUCCAUACUGUACGCAGGACAAAUGAUUUAAAACAAUGAUGGGAGGACUGAUGGAGCGAUGCUUGUUUCUUGCAAUAUUAAGGUUAGCUCAAGCUGUCAACCUGCAGCAGUGCGGAUCUGAUAAGCCACUUGUGGUAGAGGAAAAUACUACCAAUUACAACAUCAUCUGUGAAAAUAUACGCAGCGGUUUUUCUGUUGCCUGGACUGUGAACAGGACAUUCCCGGAUAGGUCUGUGAUUUCUACUGGCCAAUGCCGAGAUGGCAACACAGCAUGUACAAGUAGUUUCUCUCUGAUGACAUACUCACGCCCAAACAGCAGUUUCUCCAUAGCAACGAUUACAGAAGUCAAGAGGCUGUCCUUCGGUAUGACCAGCAUCACCUGCAUGGACUACGUAGAGACCAGCAACAGCAUCAGCAGUAACAACAACUGCAACCUUGAGAUUAUUUAUAAAGCAGAUGUUUCAUCAUGCAACAUCCAGGCUGUGCCAAGUGAAUCUGUUUGGAAUCUGAGAGGAUUGUGCAGCAUUACAAAAGUAUUUUCAACUUUCAAUCGCUAUGCCUGUCAUCUCUGGCAAAAUCAAAGUAGCUCUUCAGGAAAGGAAGUAGCGAGCGUCACAUACAGCCCAACCCUGGAUACCAACAGUCCACCGUAUGCACAUGGCUCUUGCUCCUACUCCCUGCCUUUACCAAUAGACAGCGACAUCUACAGCUUUACUGUAGCUGUCUCCCCUGGUGGCACAACCAUGAGUGCUGGUACAAUUACUGUAGAAAGGCCUCUUCAACCACCUAUCAUUAACUGCACCAUGUCAACGUUUCCAUAUGUGAGGGAGCAAGGUGACCUGACUUGUACCUGUACAGCAUUAGAUAUUGGAACACCUGGAGGUCGUCUGAUUGGAUAUUAUGGUGGUCAGAGGCUAAAUACAAGUAAUUUUGGUGAUAAGUACCUAAACUUUGGAAAAAGGAGCUUGAGCAGAGCAGACGAUGCAACUCCUGUGAAAUGCAUACUGGACUGGGCUACACAAGACACAGAUGAUAGGAGCACCAACUUUACUCUUCGUAUUGCGUAUGGUCCAGAUGUAGUCACCAUUACUGGACCCAGUGUGUUUGACAUCAACCCUUCACAAGUUCAGAAUAUAAGUUUGUCAUGCCGGGAAUCCGUUGUCAGCCCAUUUGUGAACUACAGCUGGACUGGCUGCCCCAGUGGUGACUCCAUGUCACGUGUUUGCUCUUUUCUCCCUUCUCCCAGUGACACCAACUAUUUUGUACAGUGUACUGUAAGCAACCCAUUGUCACAAGUGACAAGGACAGCAAACUACUCAGUGGAGCUUAACUAUCCACCAUCCGACCCACCAGUUAUCAGUUUAGAGCCACCUCUCAACCUUGGUGAGCCUGUCUACCAGGGAGACAACUUCACAGCGACAUGUACGGUCCAUGGUGGCAAGCCAGUCAGUGCCACUAAUGUCAGCUUUGCAUGUCCACACAUGGCUGACACGACUGACAUCACAGGAACAGCUGAGGUCAAAAGUACAUUGAGGUUCUACUCUGUCUCACCUGACUAUCAAGGAAACUGUACCUGUAGUGCUAUGUGGAGAAACACUACUUGGUACACACAGACAGCUGUGUGGAGUCUGACUGUUUAUACCCCACCAUUUUCUCCUAUUAUUUUUCCACUUCUGGGUUACAUAUCUGGUUCUACAUAUCCUUUCAUGGCUGGUACCUCAGGUACUCUGAGUUGUCAGAGCAAUCAGUCAGGUCGACCAGAAGCCACCUACAGCUGGCCUGUUGCUGCUGGUGGUCAUCCUUCGGGGAGUAACCUGACAUUCUACAAUAUGUCAAGAGAAGACAACGGGCAAACAGUAAAGUGCAGGGCCAGCAACUCUUACACAGAGAACAGGCAGCCAGUUGAUGAUGCUACUUUUGUCCUACAGGUGUACUAUAAGCCUUUAAUCAGCUUUACACACAUAUCAGGAGGAAUUACCUGUGGAGAGUCCUCUAGUGUCCACACGUAUUGCGUUGUCGCCGAGGGCCAGAGGCUUCAUAUCAACUGUACAGCUGACAGCAAUCCAGCGCCUGCAUCAUUUAAGUGGCUGAGUCCAAACACAGACGUUUACUCUGACACCAGUGCGCUUGUGAUCAUGUCUACUAACCACACCAUCCACAACGGUGACUACAACUGUACAGUGAUCACAGAGCAAGUAGACAAAGACAGUCGCCUGCCUCUGAUGUCAUCUGCCAUAUUGGCUGUUGUUGCUGGCUACUCACCUCGUGUGCUUACCUUUAGCAUUAACAACGUGGACUCCAUGGUUGUGAAUAUUCCAGAGAAAUCCCGUGUGGACAUGAAGUGUCUUUGUAGCGGUAGACCUAUUCCAAGCAUUCGACUUGUAAAUACAGCAGACCCCGAGCAGUUUCUAAACCAGAGUCUGCCUACAGGUGACAUCUUUGUAGAUGAACAGACAAGGGAGGUCCUAUUUACCAUGCAGCAAGUUUCGUGUGAAGCCUCGGGAUUCUACAGAUGUGAUGUCAACAACAGUCUUGGAGAAGACAGACAGAGCCGCAUGUUAGCUGUGUCAUGUGCUCCAAGGAAAUCUUUUAGUGAUGGACAGCCUCUGACCAUUGGUGUGACUAACGGCAGAGGAGAGCUCCGAGUUCAAUUGACAGCCUACCCCACACCUGUGAUGAAGGUUCUGACAUAUCUAGGACCAAAUGAGACCCCCGAUGGACAUCCCUUGAAAGAAAAUAUAAUUAUCGUCGAAUGUUUUAGCAAAUUCUUGGCUCCAGCUGAGGUCAUCUGCAGUAUCAGCCUUGUCAACGUGACACACAAUGAAGAAGGCUUCUACAGAAUUGUUUUCAGCAACAGUUUGGGAGAGUUGUCAUUCACUUUCUUUGUCACACAAGCUGCGUCAGAAGAUGUCCACCAGACGAAGGCAGACCAGAAUAUCGCUGCAGUCGCUGUGCUGGCUGUGCUGUUCUCAGUCCUCCUUAUUGUCGUUGUCGUCUUCGUCAUCUGGGUCUGGCGAAGGGGCUGGACGUUACCUUGUGCUGAUGUUUCUAAUCAAAGGAUUUCACAGCAAGAUCAGAGGGGUGACACAUCAAGUGAGAAUUUGUUAUCUGUGACAACAAACACGUCCCUAAUGAAAGAAGGAGGACAGACUUCACUGUAUGAAUCUUUACAAAUGGAAGACGUGGGAAAGAGAUCACAUUAUGAAGAGGUGCAACGAUACCAGAACGCUUCAACAACAGCACCAUACGAAGUUGUAAACGACAAUAAGCGAGAAGUGAGAGGCGACCACACCUAUGUGAACUGAGAUGUUCUCUUACACGACAUCUGACCACUUGGUCAUGGAGAGAGAUUUUUACUGCUGUAUUGAAUUUAUGAUGGGAUUAAUUUAGGAGAUUUUACUGCUGUCUCGGCAAACUAGAAUACUUUAUCUGAAAUAAUGUCAUACAGAGAUGUCACGUGUGUACCCCGACAUGAAAAUGAAAGUAGCUGAUGUAAAUAGGUCUUAGUUGUCUCCCCUACUGAUAAUGUCAAACACAUAAUGAUGAUGGGGAUGACAUAAAUUAUUUGCUCAUCACAAGAAAAACUCUCAGCAUAUAAGUAUUUAACAUUCGAGAGGAUAUGGAAAAGUUCAGUUGGUAUUUUUUGUAAAUCCAUCUUUUAAGCUUACAAAGCGUUGUAAUAAACACUUGCUAUG